UUCUACCCUUUCUAUCCUUCCAGUCUGUCAUUCUGACAUCCUUCCUUCCCUAAUUGUCCACUCGGCCUCGACUUAAGGUUGUUGGAUGCUUCCUGUGUCUGGUAAGUUCCGUUGAAUGCGGUCAAUGUCGGGCUUUGCUUUCCCCCGUGCGCAGUGAACCCUUUCCUAUCGCCCUCGAUAAUCGUCAUCUAUACAUUUAUCGCCGCCAUCCCUCUCCUCCGCUUUCAUUCCUAUCCUCAAUCGGCCUGCGCCUGUAUUCAGACUCUCGCCCAAUCCAGUGAAGCCACUGGUGCAUAUACAUUCGUCAGGUAAUAGGAUGCUACACGACUCAAUGGCGGGCCAAGAUCCGGCCACGAGCCCCAAGAUGGACAGCAUCAGUGAGGUCCCGGGGGACCUAGCGGCACCGCCCAAAACCACCGCCAAAAAAGAUCCCAACGGGGUGGCCAACAAUGCAGCCGCCGCCGUGCCGCCGCCGAAGACCGACAAGCCACGUCCACACGGCUGCACCACCUGCGGUCGCUCUUUCGCGCGACUGGAGCAUCUCAAGCGUCACGAGCGGUCGCACACCAAGGAGAAGCCCUUUGAGUGUCCCGAAUGCGCACGCUGCUUUGCUCGUCGCGACCUGCUGCUGAGACACCAGCAGAAGUUGCAUAUGACCACAACCCCAUCGUCACGCCCGAGGAACGCGCGCCGCGAGAGCACCGGCACCGCUGGGACGGGAACCACGAACCGGGUUCGAAAGAACUCCAUCGUCAGCAAUCCCAGCAGCAUGCGCCCUCGGGCUAAUACCAUCAGUCAUAUCGACGGUGCGUCGUUGGGCUUGGUUGGGGCAACCCACCCCCCGACCGCGGGCCCCGGUCAUUCGGGUCAUGCUUACCACCCGAGCAUCGGUUCUGCAUCGGUGGGUUCCAACCUGGACUUCCGUGGGUUUACGGCAGGACACCAUGCCCCAGUCAACGGGCUCACCAAGUUGGAUACCUCGGGCUUACCGAUCGACCUGUCCGGGGGUCUUCGGACGGCUCCGGUCUAUGGAACCUUUGACCUUAGCGUUCCAGAUCUGGCCCUGGGCUAUAAUACCACGAUCAAUCCCGCCCAGCUCCACUUCGGCGGCUCACCGCAAGCCUACGGAAAUGACUCGCCCUCCUCACCCUACACUCAUGCGGCACACCAUAUGCCCCCAACCGAUCCCAUGAUGGAGGACGACUUCCAAUUCGAUUGGAUGAACGGCUACGAUCCCUCGAUGCAGAUGCGAAAGAGCAACGACUCCGCCAUUGAUGAAUCAUCGCCGUCGGCCAUGAGUACUGGAAGCCAGAGCGGGAUCAGCGAAGCCAUGAUGGAUGGUUCCAAUCGCUACUCGAUCUCGUCAGCGAGCUGGCACAACCCAUUUCCUCCCCACACGACCGCAGCAUCCACGAACCACUAUUCCCUUGACUACUCCGGCGCUUUUAAUGAUCUAGGCAUCCCACCAGAGACCGUCUCUCCCAAGUCGUUGAUGGCGCAGAAUCCGUUUGCCGAGACGUAUGCCACCCCGCCGUCCAUGACCUCAGUGGGCCAACCCCUCAUGGGAGGACACUCGCAGAGUAUGUUCCCAUCCUCUAUGGCAACCAACGGAGAUUCUCCUAAUCCUCUCAACUUGCCUUUCACGAAUAGUGCCCUACGAACUCCCCAUGUCCCAAGCUCCUCGGAUACCUUUACAGACUCCACCCGACAGGCUUUACUAGCCAGCAUGGCCCAUCCGACCGGUCUGAAUCAUCGCAAAUACUCCCAGCCGGCCAGCGGUAUGGUGCCAUACCGGGAUCUCUUCUCGCGUUCUUCAAGCCUCAGUAGCUCUGGCCAACUUCCCAGCACUUUGGACAUGCAGCGUUACAUCUCCGCCUACAUCACCUACUUCCACCCGCACAUGCCGUUCCUCCAUAUUCCGACGCUGGAUUUCCAGGCCCCCGAAUACACCACCAACCUGCGCACGCCGAGUGGCCAUCUCAACCUGUGCUCGACCGGUGUCGCUGGCGGGGGCGGAUCCCUGAUCUUGUCCAUGGCCGCGAUUGGAGCACUCUAUGAGUUCGACACGGCGGCGUCGAAAGAUCUCUUCGAGGCGGCCAAAAAAAUGAUUCAACUCUAUCUCGAAGAACGUCGGAAGGUGGACAUGUCCGCUGCGUUGGGCCGGGCCAGCUACGCCCGCGAUAGCUCGGUGCAGAACACCCCGUUAUGGCUGGUGCAGGCCAUGUUGCUGAAUGUCAUUUAUGGCCAUACGUGCGGCGACAAAACGUCGGCCGAUAUUGCGAGCACGCACUGUGCAGCACUGGUCAGCCUGGCGCGGGCGGCUGAGCUCACCCACCAUGUGGAUGCCAAGGAUCUGCCUCAAGACUACCUGUCAGCGGGUUUCGGUAGCACAAACGGCGUCAGUGCUGACGCUCAAAACCAGCCAGGCGCCGCACAGCCGAAAGAGAGGAAGGACUGGCUGGACUGGAAGAUCGUCGAAGAACGGAAGCGGACUCUGUAUGCGAUCUUUUGCUUGUCAUGUUUCCUGGUCUCCGCGUAUAACCACACACCGGCGCUCACCAAUUCGGAAAUAUGUCUCAAUCUGCCUUGCGAGGAGGAUCUGUGGGCUGCAGAAUCCCCCCAGGCAUGGAAGCGAUUAGGCGGCCACUUGUCCGCGCGGAGCAGUGCUCCCUUCCCCUCUGCCUUGACCACCUUGUUGACUGCCAGCCAACGGGAGCGACAAUCGACCCCAUCCACUCAAGUACAGUCACCCAGUGAGGCGGCUUCUCCUAGCCCCUCUGCAUCCAAUCUGAAGCCUAGUACAUUUGGCUGCCUGGUUCUCAUCUAUGCUCUCCACAAUUACAUCUGGGAGACUCGCCAACGGCACCUCGGCCGGCAAUGGACCGCUCGUGAAACGGAGGCUAUGCAGGCGCAUAUUGAGCCUGCCUUGCGUGCUUGGCAGACCGCCUGGGCCAGUAACCCGGUGCACAGCCUAGAACGCCCGAAUCCGUUCGGUGCGGGGCCGUUGUCGGCCGACAGUAUCCCGUUGUUGGACCUUGCCUAUGUAAGGCUGUUUGUCAAUCUUGGCAGAUGCAAGGAGGCAUUUUGGCAACGCGACUGGAAUGCCAUGUCUGAUGAGCUCGCGCGCGGGAUUGAGUUAGUGCACCCCCUCGACGACAUCCCACCCGAGGUACUGGAUCCUUCGAUCACCGAGGCCUCGGCUCAGCUUGACCAGCGUCGUGAUUCAAUCGCAGACUUGGGUGUUGGUGACCUUGCCAUCUCGGGAACCCCCACGCAGGAGCAGCCUGUGCAACUUAUGAUGGGUGUGUAUCGACCGGGCCAGUCCAAACGGGAAAGGCAUCUGCGCAGAGCCGCGUUCUAUGCCGCGGACUCGAUCAGCAUGUCGGACCAACUGGGCAAUACCUUUGCAGAAUUUACCUGUCGGGAGUUGCCCAUCCAGAGCGCCAUGUGCACUUUCGAUUGCGCCCAGGUGAUUGCGGAGUGGAUCACGACUGUACAGGAACGGGUUGGGCCAUACUUAGGUGUCCUCGGCCGUGACGAGGUUGAUUUGGCUCAAGCUACUCGUGUCAUGUUACUGGAAGAAGAAGAUUGCAAGCUCAUCGGCAAGAUCAAAGAGAUACUCGGGAACAUCGAAAGCAAGAUGCAGAAGGAGGCGCAAAACAGCGUCACCAUGUCCGCGCUCAGCGUUCUGCAACGCCUGCCCAGUGUGGUGGAGGGUGGUUACGGCUGCAAGAUCCUGGUUGCCACUGCGAGCCUCCUCGACCGGGCUGCGGUGUGGCCGAUGAUCAAGAUCAUGGCUCGGUCUCUUGAAGCACAAGCCUUGCGAUCGAAGGAACGCGCAGAGAGCUCUACGCUUGGGGGUAACUAGCAUGGGGUGUCCGCCCGACUCCAUGCGCGCUGCAUCGGAUAUCAUUACCUUGCUGCGAUUCAGACAGACCAUACGACUUGGAUCUUUCCGGCUCCUAUCUUCACGAACCUCAUUCAAACCUCAUUUUGCUGACUGGAUCUCCAAAAGUUAUU